ACUCAAUUGUUCCCCGGCAAGGGGUUAAGUCUUACCAAAAGGAUGCAAAAGAAAAAAAAAUUAUUACUGAACAUCUAGUUACUUUGAUGAAGCAGUAGAUGAAUUUAUGAAAGAGUAAGUAUUAUUAAAUAAUAAAAAAAAACCAAUGCUUGACAAUCCCAAUGAAUGAUUUUAAUGCUGGAGUUGGCAAGCGAAAAACUUGUGAAGAUAAGUUGUAAAUGUUGGCCUUGGACCAAGAGAUAAGAAAGGAAACAGAUUAGUUCAAUUCACUGAAUUUAAACAACUUUACAUCACUCAUUCAUUUUUCAAGAUAAAGCAACAUAGAAGGUGAACCAGGACAUGUGAUUUGGACUACAUUCUGAUCUUCACUCAUUCAUUUUUCAAGACAAAGCUACAUAGAGGGUGAACCAGGACAUGUGAAAUGAAUUGCAUUCUGACCAUCCGUCAUUCAUUUUUCAAGAUAAAGCUACACGGAGGGUGAACCAGGACACGUGAAAUGGACUGCAUUCUGACCAAUUGAAUAUUUGCUUACUCUUACUGCAGUAUUCUCAACGGUUUCAACAUAGGGAGUGACCACAGACCAUAGACGGAUUUAGAAAUUUGGGGCGAGUACACACGCUUGACAUUCAGUUGCCUGAAAACUCGAUUGCCGGAUAACUUAUUUACCUGACUAGUACGCUUUCCCGACAGGUUGCUAUUAAAACCAUAAAAAAAGCCAGAAUUGAAAAUGAAGAAGAUAUGCUACGAAUUCGUCGUGAGAUUCAAAUCAUGGCUGUUAUACGCCAUCCACAUAUUAUUCACAUUAACGAAGUGUUUGAAACUAGACAGAAAAUUGUGCUUGUUAUGCAAUAUGCAAGUGGCGGUGAGUUAUAUGAUUAUCUCAGAUGUCAUGAAAAAUUACCUGAAGAAGAAACCCGAAGAGUAUUCCGACAAAUUGUAUCAGCCAUAUAUUAUUGUCAUAAAAAUCGAAUAUGCCAUAGAGAUAUAAAACUAGAAAAUAUACUUCUAGAUGAAGAAGGAAAUGUCCAAAUAGCUGAUUUUGGACUUUCGAAUAUCUUUGAUGAGCGAAGGAGGAUGAGUACAUUUUGUGGGAGUCCUCUGUAUGCUUCUCCAGAAAUUGUAAAAGGCACUCCAUAUAAAGGACCUGAAGUAGAUUGUUGGAGCUUGGGAGUAUUAUUGUAUACUUUAAUAUAUGGAACGAUGCCAUUUGAUGGUCGAAAUUUCAAAGAACUUGUAGCACAAAUUUCUGAAGGGAAAUACGAAGAACCAGUAGAUAGAUCAAGAGCAAGUAGUUUGAUUCGAUCACUAUUGACACCAGAUAUAUCUAAACGAGCUUCUAUUGCUGAUGUGUGCAAAGACACUUGGGUAAAUGAUGGUCAUACGGAUUCUCUUCUCAAGUUAGCGGAACAAAUGGCAUCACAAAAUCAUUUAAAAGAAGCAUCGAAAAUAUAUUUGGAAAAGAUUUCAAAAAAUGGCUUUCCUUUAAAGACCCUUCCUGAAAAUCGUAACGGAAAAACAAAUCUUACUUCAGUAUUAAAAAAUUCUACCAAUAUUUCAAUGGACCAAAAAGUGUGUGAUAAAACUAAUUUAUAUGAACAAAUAUUAAGCUAUGAUGUUCGUUUUGUAAUAAACAAACUCUUGACUGCGGUUGAAUCUUCCCUAUUAGAAAAAGAAACAGAAAAAAAGAAGCUAACACCAAAAGUUUGGUUGAGAAAUGGUGAAAUCGGAACGAAAAUUGAUUCAGCUUAUGUGAUUCCUAUUUUCGAAGUGACUAGUGUUGUUCCUAAAUUGCCUUCUAGAAUCAACAAUUUUUACCAAAACAAAUUAAGCGCAAAGCAAAAUUUUGACAACUGUAAUUCAAUCGAUCCUCUACAAAAAGAAAACACAUCCAUUCACAAAUCUUCUGAAAAGAACCAUGUGAAUGAAUUACACCAAGAAAAUAUUUUGCCUCGUGUCCCAACACCAAAGAAAAAAGUUGAAACUAUUAAAAAAAUUAACCCUUUCUUCCAAACAAAAAAUCACGCUUUAACAAUAGCUCGCAUUUUUUCUAUGAAUUUUGAUAAACUGCAUUCGAGUACCCGUAAGCUUCGAGAAAGACGUCAAGAAAGAUCUCCAGGAAAAGUUGUGAUUCCAACAACUUUUGAUCCAUCCUAUAUAGAAAAUACAGUUUGUGAGCAAAAACAAAUUUUUAUUUUUCCAACAAUUAGUGUUUCCGAAAAUAAAGAAAAAAUUGAAAAGAAAAUUGACAAAAUUAAAAAGGCAGCUUUAAAUAUGAAUUUGAUUGUGCGCUCUAAUUCAAAAAAUAGAUUAAGAAUUCAGAAAUAUUUAAAAUCUCAAGCAAAGAAAAUACAAGAUUUGGUUUUUGACGAACAAAGAAUUAUUAACAGCAAAGGACGGAUAAGACGCAGUGAAACAGUAUCCGAUACUUGUUUUGAGAAACGACUCAUAAAUUCAUUGAACAACUGUCAGAAAAUCAAUUUUUUAUCAUCAGUUAAGACAUCCAAUCAUGAAAGACAUCAAAGUAAGGAAAAAUAUUUUCUUCUUGAGCCAGACAGUCUCGAAAUAUUUAGUAUAUCAAGGUCACGUUCGGAAGAAAUUAGAUUUCUUGAUUCAUUUAAUGAAGCCUCAACUUAUGAAAAUGAAAUAAAAUUGCUAAAAAGUUAUCAAAUACCUAAUAUAAACAAUUUACACAAAAUAUCACACGAUAUACUAAAUGAAAAAGAUAAUCAAGAAAAUAUGGAACAGAAUUCACAAGAUAAUGCUGAAAUAGCUAAACAAACCAAAAGAGUUAUGGAUAAACUAAUUAAUAUCGAACAAAAUUCGCAACGGAGUGCAGAAAUAUUAGAACUAACUAAAAGAUUUAUGAAUAAACUAAGCAAUAUGGAAAAUUCACAAGAGAAUGCGGAAAUAUCAGAGCUAACCAAAAGAGUUAUCGAUGAACUAAGUAUUAUGGAAGAAAAUUCACGAGAAAAUGCAAAAAUAUUAGAAAAAACCAAAAUAGUUAUGAAUAAGCUAAGUAAUAUGGAACAAAAUACACAGGAGAGUGCAGAAAUAUUGAAACUAACUAAAGAAUUUAUGAAUAAACUAAGUAAUAUGGAACAAAAUUUAGAAGAGAGUGCAGAGAUAUCAGAAUUAACCAAAAGAGUUAUAGAGAAACUAAGCAAUAUAGAACAGAAUUCACAAGUGAGGGUAGAAAUAUUAGAAAUAACCAAAACAAUAAUGGACAAAGUAAGUAAAAUAGAACAAAAUUCACAGGAGAGCGCAAAAAUAUCAGAAUUAACCAAAAGAGCUAUGGAUAAACUAAGCAAUAUGGAACAAAUUCCACAGGAGAGCGCAGAAGUAUUAGAGCUAACCAAAAACGUUAUCGAUAAACUAAGUAAUAUGGAACAAAAUUCACAAGAUAAUGUAGAAAUAUCAGAACUAACCAAAAGAGUUAUGGAUAAACUGAAUAAUAUGGAACAAAAUUCACAAGGUAGUGAAGAAAUCUUUGAACUAACCAAAAGAAUUGUGGAUCAAUUAAAUAAUAUCGAACAAAAUUCACAAUAUAGUGCAGAAAUAUCUGAAUUAACCAAAAUAGUUAUGGAUAAACUUAGUAGUAAAGAUUCCAAACAGCUUUGUCAUAAGGAGACUUCGGAAAUCGAUGAAAGUCAAAAUCCAAUUCAAGAAGAAUUCCAUAUAUCUUGUUCAGAUUUAAACGAAUUACAUUUAAAAAUAACUCAAAAUUGGAUGGAUUUACAUGAUAAACCUGUUACUCAAAAUGACAAAAAGCUGAAACGCUUAGCAUCGGAAUCCUCUUUAACGAUUUUAAAACCUGACUUAAGAAAUAAAACACCUGAAACUAAAGUUGGGAAUCAUUGCUGCUCAGAAAUUCAAAAUAAAAAGAAGAUUAAGAGGAGAAAUACAUUGGGCUCCAUAACAGAAGAUUCUAUUUCAUUAAAGGACAGAAUUAAGAAAGAUGAUUUUCAGAACUGCUUAUGGAUGAUGUAUGUGAAUAAGAAAAUUUUAAAUGUGCGAGAGAAAAAUGAGUUCCUAAGUUCUCCAAAUAUAUAUAAUUUGUCACAAUAUAAAGGUUGUCUGAAUAAUAAAAGCAAAAGUGUCGACGAAAUUAAUGAAGCAUUUUAUGAAGCUAUUCUUAGUAAUACACCAGCUUACGAAUUAAAAGAAGCAAAAUCUGCAUUUUUAAGAAAGUUAUUACAGAAAGGCUCUCACAAUCGUAAAAGAGAAAUAUCAAAAAGUAAAACUUUAGAUAGACGAGAUCCUAUUUUGAAAAAAAAAUCUUCCAAUGGAUCUUUUCUUCAGCUUAUGGCUUUAAAGAAAAUUCAAGAAGCUGAGAAAGAACUCUAUAAAGUGGAUAGAAAUGAUUACCAAGAAGAAAAUUCAGGUUCUCUUUUAGAAGCUUUAAAAACACACGGUUAUAAAAAUGUCAUUUCACAAAGAUUUCAAACAGAUAAUGAUGAUUUAUUUAGUUUUAGACAUCCAAUGAAUUCAUUCACAAAAAGAACAUUGUUAAAAGACAUUCCAAAAACUUAUUUUAGUAACUUCAAUACUUCACUAUUUAACAGUCCAUUAGAUUACGGAGAAUACGACGAAUUAAUAGAGCCUGCAUCAUUCCAUAUGGAUUCUAGUCCUAAACAAUUUGUACAAGAUUGGUUAACUACCGAUCUUAGCGAAAAAUACUUUGAUACACGAAAGCUAGAACGAAAUGUACCAAUUAUUUCCGAAGAAGAAACUCAAAUGAAUAACUGUAAUGACAGACGAUUUUUAUCGGAAGGAGAAUCUUCGGACUCAUUCAAUUUGUCAAAUAUAAAUUGCAUGCGUACAAACGACUUUAAUGCAGUUUCGGAGAAUGUUUCAAAUCAUAUAAAUGGUUCAGGUGCAGAUCAAAACUAUUAUUUUCGAACUUCAUCCUCUAUAAAUGGCACACGCACGAACGACUUUAAUACAGCAUCAGAAAAUAUUUCAAACCAUAUAAAUGGUUUAGGUGCAGACCAAAACUAUUAUUAUCGACCUUCUUCCACCUUAAAUGGCAUACGUACGAACGACUUUAAUACAGUAUCAGAAGACACUUCAAACCAUAUGAAUGGUUCAAGUGCAGACCAAAACUAUUAUUUUCGAACUUCAUCCACUUCCGAUGAUGAAAAGGAGGAAUCUGUACAGGACAGAAUUUGGAGAAAAAGUUUUUAUUCUAGAUUUAAUAAUUCAGCUUUAUCUCGGAAAGAAAGAUCUCGAUAUUUAGAUGUUGGUGCACAACCAGAAAGAUCUAGUUUGUACAAUGGUUCCUUCUUAACGACUUUACCUAGAGAAAGAUCAGGGUCUUUUCAAACCAUAAAGAACUCCUCCUUAAAACGAGCUGCCACACUUAGACCACAACGUUCUAGAGAAGAUAGUACAGAUUCCGAAAACUCUUUCAAUGUAAGAUCGUUUAAACACACUCCAAUUGAGCCGUAGUUUGAUGUUGCAAUAUAAACCAGUAAAAUGCAUGGUAGCCAUAUUUCAAAUAGAGGUGUUUAAGGCUUAAUAAUGACUGAACCAAACUCGACCAAAUGCAGUAGACACUUAACAUUUUGGAAUUUUUAUCCCAAUAAUAUUCAUGAUAGCAUUUUACACUUAAAUUUUAUAAAAAUUUCAAUCAAGUUUCUCCUUAGAAACAGUAAUGUGCUGUACGUAGAUUUUUCCACUGAAGCGAGAUUAUUUGAAGUUUGUCUUACUUCACUGAAAAAAUUCAAUGUUUACAAGCGUAAAACAUACUAGCGCCUCAUUUAAGAAGCAAUAACUAUAAAUAAUUUCACCUCUACGUAAAAAUCUGCAUAUAACACUCUACAGCAAAGGGGAAACGAAAUUGAUGAAGUGUUUUAUAAAAUGUAAGUGUAAAAUGUAAUUAUAAGAGCAAAUGCAAUGCCAAUAUUGAAAUGUAUGUAAAAUGUUACUUGCUAUGUCUGUUUUAUCCCAAAAAUAGACUUACAGUGUAAUUUUAUCUCCUGCUAAUAAAGAAUUAAAUUAUUUUUUAUUUUAAAAUUCGAAUUCUCGCAAUAUAUAAAAUAGUAUUUACUGAUGAAUUUAGUUCAACUGUUUUCUCGCUAUCAAGCUUUUAUGCACCAAUACUUUAAUUUUUGCCGUCUUAUAUACAACAUAGUUGAACUCUAUUUCCUCAUAUUUUUGAGUUUUUACAAAGAAUUCUCAUUAAUUAAAAAUACUAGCUUAUCAAAUUGUAGUCACAAGGAAAUAUUUUUCACAAUUUUUAAGAAUGAUAUAUUCUAAUAUUUUCUAUAAACCAAUAAACUUGUUGACAUAAGAUUCAAAUAUUUAGAAUUAUCCUAAAAUAUCGUGCUUUUAAAUGAUAAAUAAAGGGUUCUACCUUAAUGUCUCCUCUAAGGCUAAUAUCUCCUCCUACCUUGUAAAUUCUUGUCCUCCUUUUUUUCUAUCAAUGCAAAAAAUAAUCCCCAAUCUUUUUUUCCUUCUAUACCUAGGAGCAAUAACCGAUCAGACAUAGGGCACCAUUUAAUAUUUCUUUUUUCAUAGCAAACAUGUAAUUGGAAUUGAUACUUUUACUUAGCAUUUUAUUGAUAACUGAAUUAUUUUAUCACCGUCGCUUUGUGGUGCGCAGGCACACUAAAACAAAUCGGCGGCGGACACCAUGGUGCCUGCAGCUAUAGGGUUAGGGACCACUAAUCUAGAAUUUUAGAUCUGGAACACUCGAUAGCUUCCAAUGAGGUUUUUAAUUUUAACAUGCAAAUUUAAGGCUCUAAGUAAAAAAAAUUAAUAUUAAAACCAUUGACUUAAUUGAAGCCCUUUUUACACGCACUUAAACUGAGUUUAAUUUCUUUCGAUUUUAACUUCAGAAAUAAUAUUAAAUAUGCCAUUCUUAUUUGUUCGUGGAUGUCGUAUUUUAAAAAACAUUGCCUUUAUUUAACUGUGAAAAAAGAAAUUUCAUAUCAAAUUUUUAUUGUCAAUCAACUUCAUCUUAAUAUUUGUAAUUCUUCAGAAACAGUUUAUAAAUACUGGGGAUACGAUUUAAAAAAUCAAUUGUAGAAAAAAAGAAAAUAAAUGUACGGUUUGCUGAGUUUAAUUCAAGGAGGCAAUUUAUUCUCAUCAAGAAACAAAAUUAAUCACAAAGUUUAUUGGUUGAUAAAAAAAAAUAAUAAAAUGAAAAAAAUAAAUUAAUUAAAACUAUGUCUUUUGCUGCAUAUCAAACCAUUAUUACUGAUAAUCAUAUUAGCAAGAGCAUCUAUUUAGAGCCAAAUUUGUCUUCAGAUUGAACUGCGUUGUUGCAGAAAAUGUUAAUUAUUUUGAAGACCAGCAGCUCCAGCUGUUGACUAACUUAGUAACUAAUUGUGAAACUUGGUGAAAAAAAAACCCAGAUUUCUUGAGAACGCAGCAAACGAUGAUUCAAACAAAUUUCUUUUUAUCAAAUAUAUAAAAUUAUUUUUAUUUCUAUUUAUUAAAAACUCAAGGUGCCCAACGAAUUUAAAUUUCUCAUUGUCAUGAAAUUGCCAAGUGCUGUUUAUAGAGAAUAUAAACGGAAAGAUUUCUGUUACUGAUUGAUGAUCAUUAUUUUUUACUGUGGAAAUUUUUAUGUUGAAAUGGAUUAUUAUUCAAAUCUGAAGGUUUAGGGAUAAUAAAAGAGAAAAUUUAGUUUUUUUUAGAACUCAACUAUUGUAAAUGUUGAUUACUUUCAAUUCAGGCGAUUGAAAAUUGAUAAGAUUAUGCUAUUACUAAAUCAUGUAUUUAAAAUUGCACUUUGUUUAAAAACUGUAUUAUUCAUAAGUUGGAAUUCAGAAUUAUGAAUUUAAGAGUAGGAAGAUAUCAAUAUUAUAUCAUAUUUAAAUACUUUAAACUUUAAUUUGACUCGUUUUAAAAAAAAUAGUUGGAAUGAGAAAAAAAAGAGUUUCAAAUAGUUUUUUUUCUCAGGUUUCUUAAAAAAAUCCUAAAAACUAGAAUAAGAUGAGUUUUUUCAAAAAAAUCCUACAUUUUUUCAAAUGUAAGAGAUUUUAGAAUUAAAAUGUAUAUACAGGAUAUUCCAUAAUCACUUAUCACCACCCUUAGUAUAUGUUUAAAAUCCUUGCCAAAAAUCAAGCAAAAAGAGUAUACAACAUAGGGAUCCCAAAUUAAUAAAGCAAGGAAAAAAUGCUAACGAAAUCAUUUAACUGGAAAAAGCGGAUUGAUGAUAAUUCAAACCUGUUUGAUUGCCUGAUGAAACAUGCAAGUCUUUCAAAUCUCUUUUUUUCCCUCGGAAAUCAAACAAGUUUUGAUAUUUUUAAAGUUUUGUCUUCUUAAGAUGUGAGUCGAUAGUGUUUUUUUUUCCUUGCUUAACUAUUGAUUUGCAACUCCUAACCCUAAUUUUGACUCUGUUUUUGAAUAGGACUCUAAAGCUAUUAAGAGUGAUUCUUACGAAAUACCUUGAGUACAUGACUAAAUGUAUACCUUGUGUAAAAAUGUUGUAGUUAAAAUCAGAAAUGUUGUGUGUAAUAAAGUGCUUAUCAUUUUUUUUAAUGAACUCAA